AUGGAGAAAGGUGAAUCAACCAAAGUUGAUGUUGUGGAAACCACCAAAGAAAGAAAAGGAAAAGCCCCACUAUUGGGAACAACUGCUCCUGUUGCUGCUACUGCUGCAGCUGCAAGUGCUACUCAUGCAAAAAGAAGUGCUAACAGAGGCAUUGCAAUUUUUGACCUUAUUUUAAGAAUAGUCGCUUUUGCGUCCGCAUUAGGUGCUACUGUUGCAAUGGCUACUACUGAUGAAACUCUUCCCUUUUUCACUCAGUUCUUUCAAUUAAAAGCUAGCUAUGACGAUCUUCCAACUUUCACGUUUUUUGUGGUAGGUAUGAGAAUAGUUGUUGCCUACCUUGUCCUCUCUGCACCUUUUUCAAUAAUGUGCAUUGUUCGAUCUCAUGCAGUUGUACCCAUGCUACUACUCAUUAUAUUUGAUACGGUUAUCAUUGCAUUGACAACGGGUGCAGCAGGAUCAGCAGCAGCCAUUGUAUAUUUGGCUCACAAUGGAAACCAAGAAGAUUUUUGCCAAAGGGCCAGUGGAGCCGUGGUGGCCGCCUUUGUCACGGUGGUGAUCCUGAUCCUCCUGGUCGUUCUGUCUGCUUCAGCUCUUCGAAGACACUAA